AUGGGCACGCAGAACAAUGAAGGAAAUCCGUCCUUUGGAAGGGCCUCAAUCGGGUCCCCACUUCUGGAUUUGCCUCUGGAGAUUCAACUUAGAAUCAUGCAAGACGCGGCCCCGCCAACCAUUGUGAGUUUCAUCAACUAUCGAGACAAUGCGAGGGCUUUGAGAGGCACUGCCUGUCAGAUGGGCCAGAUACAUAAGCAACUUGGCGAUGUUGCCAAGCUUACUCACUCUUGUAUCCUUACCGACUGGACACUCCAGGCUCUCCAGAUGAACCCUAUUACGGACACAUUUCUCUACCGCAGGCUUAAGUUCCCUUUUAUCGAUAUCAAAUAUCCCAGAUCAGACAAUGCCAAUAUCAAAUACACCAAUGCCGACAAUAUGAAGGCGUUCCCUGUGCGUCCUACUACCGCCCUCCCGUCUCUGACCACACCUACGAUCCCUGGUGCUCAGAUUAAGGCCAUCAGCGACCCUGGGAAAAGUGAUGCAGGCCAACCUAUCUCAGAAUACCCCGAGCUGCCCUUUUGGAAAUUGGCUUGUGUAAUCAGAGAUAUGGAUGAGUGUAUGCUGAACCGUUUCGGAGACACCGCUACGAUGCCUUUACCCAAGUUACUGCUCGGUCGCUUCCGCCACCUACGUGAGUACACGUUGAUGGCCGAAACCACCAAUGGGAGUUGGCUUAUUCCUGGCUGCCAGAUCUACGAACCUCAGGUCGUUGACAGGCGGGACAAUGGCAAUACCUUUAACUGGAUCGAAGAAUGCUCGCCCGAGCGUCACCCCAGAGUCACAGAAGCUGAGGAGUACUUUACGCAGAGGGGGAUCGCGGGAGAUACGGGGCUAGGCUGGCCGCUGAACGAAGACGUGAAUCGCGCUGCUCCCAUACUCGCAAUUAAAUCAUGGUCCACCCGUCGUCAAGCCCCAGUGCCUACUUUGGGCCGUAUUAUGCCUCGCAUCGGCUUGAUGGGCUACUCGGCGAACGCGACCUCUAUCGGGGGCCAAUGGGCUGGCUUUCGUUAUUAUGUGGACACCGGACGAGUUGAAUUCACGCCCCUCGCCUAUCACGAGGUUCAGGAAUUACUUGAAGCGGGAAGAAAGUCACAAGGAGUCCUACCGGAUAUGGUUGUACGUGUGUGGGUGAUCCGGCCUGGCGAAGAGGGAAUUGCGCCAGACGAGUCAUACCACGGGUGGGAGGAGGUUCAGCCGUACUCGGAGACAGAGGAUGAAAGGACAUGCAAGAUCCGAGGGCUUUGGCAAAGGACGCGGACAAUGUUUGAGGGAUCCCCAGUUUACACAUGCCAGUAG